AUGCUGUGGGCUGUCAUGCUCCUUGUCCUCGUCGGCUCCUCUUGGCCGUUUCCGGUGAUACGGAGGCCCGUCGAUAGUUUUUCGGAUAACUCGACGGUCGUUCCCAUGGAUCUCAAUAGCACCUAUUUCGGAAGGGAUUUCGACCUUCUUGAAGCGAUUUUGAAUGGGACGACGGCUGAGGAUGAGCAGGUUGAUUUUUUGAAAAUUUUACUAAUCCUUUGAAUUAUCUACGACCCUCCUAAAUUUAGUCAUCUUUCUCACUCUCUGACGGCUGUUUUGAAUCUUGCGGAAACCCGACAUUGAAUUUCAUUCGCAACUGGGAAAUUUUUUAGUAGCCCCUAUAGGGUUUUGACGUUUUAGUGGCCACUGUAGUAGUCAAAUUAGUAGCCACUUUAGGAGUUCAAAGUUAGUGGCCACUAUAGAGGUCUAAGUGCAAGACGCACUAAACUACUAUAGUGGCCACUGAUGAGGUAGUUUUAGUGGCCACUUUAGUGUCCUAUCCAAGUGGUCCUUUGCGAGCCUCUAUAGUGGCCACUAAACAUUUUUCCAGAACAUUUAUUUGCAGAUAACCACGUUCCUAGAAACUCAAGAGACCUUUAGGGGUAACCUUAGGACCCUUCAGGGACCACUUGAGCAACUUCUAUAGGGGCCACUAAAGCUUUCAAGUGGUCCCUAUAGGGGACAUGGUAGUCGAUAGUUUUUGUGAGCUCUAUACGAAGAAGCAUUCCCAUACGAAAAACUAAAAAAAAUUUUUUGAAUGAAAUCGGUAGACCCCUUUAGGGACCACUCGAGCUUUAGGGGCUAAGAAGUCAUACCCUAAACCCCUAUAGGGACCAUCUUGAUUUCACAUUUGUAGGAACCACUUUUUCGACCCCUAUAAGAGUUGUUUUUCUCCCUAACCCCUAUAGUGACCACUCCGGAAUUCCCUAAGUUCAUCUAUUCGAUCCGCUAAAAAUAAUCAGAAGUUCUUUGAAUUUAUAAAUUUUGACGAAAGUAAUUUAGAUCUCAUGAAUUUUUUUGAGUUUUUUUCAAGAUGUUUUUUUGAAUCGAUCGCCCAACUUCCAGAGUCAUUACUAAAAAGAAUUUCCCUGUCCCUUUUUUUCCACGAGAAGAAAGCGCAAAUUACAUUCAAAUAUUUAGUUAGAAUAUUUAAAUGAGUUAUAUAUAUCCUAUUUUAAGCGCAAAAUCGACCCGUCUUCCUUCAUUUCCUUGCGCGAGAACGACUGGAGAGACGCCCACGAAGGCAGGAUGAUCAUUUGGAGUCUGGAGUCGCAGUAUCAUCCCGACUACGGUCGGACUUCGGUCGGAAAUCAAAAACUCGAUUCUGAGAGGUAUCAAAAUGCGUUGCGACGAGAGAUUUUGUUGGAAAAUUUAUAGGAAAAAAACUACAGAGAGAAAAUUUUUAAGAAAGGGAAAAAAAUCGUAAUGAACAACUUUUUUUAGGGAUUAUUCCAAAAUGCCCCCCCUCCCCAACCACUAGUAGAAAAUAUGUGGGAGAUUCUAUAUGAUGAUAGGAAAGGGCGAUCCUGAAAAGUGGGGGGGGCUGAUCCGAACAAGGCUUGCAAUGCUUAUUCCAAAGGGGUGGGGGGGGGGCGAUCCUUUAAGUUUGCCCAGGCAUUCUGAAAUCGUCCUCCACUUAGCACUGUGGGAUGCGAUUCUAGAAUAUGAUAUAGCCCCUAUCAAAAGGUCUUUGGUUUGACCCCCCUAACUCGGUGGGGGCAAGGGGGAGGGGGCGAUCAUAGAACUUCCCCCCUAAAUUAUUCACUGAUUUUCGUGAUUUUUAGAACUAUGAAAUGUGUUUUCUCAAAUUGUCUACCAAAUGUGUACCAAAUCAUCGGACAAGUGUCACUUCUUCGAAUUUCGUUAAAAUUUCACACAAAAAAGAGAAAAUGCUAAUUUCCCUGAAAGUUUUAUGUUAAUAAGAACGGCGUCCCUUUUUCAAAUCACUCCGAUUCCCAUAGAAAAUGUUUGAUUUUUCCCAACUUUUUCUGCUUUCGCCAUGCAUUAUUGUCUUCGUGUCGUCGGUCUCCUCGUGAUUCUGUUGAUCCUGAAGACGACAGCCAACCCGGUCAGAAGACGUGACUUCCUUCCGCAGGACUACUUCGAAGCCGACUUCCUUCUCUACGAAGAGCACGAAGGCAGCGCUUUCUACGACACCGAUGACGUCAUUUUGUUCCGAGACUUGAUGUUGAAUUGAAUCGAUGUGAUAAAAUGUUUUGCGUGUGUUUUUGUGAAGUUUGCUCCAUUUUCAAGGCUUUUCUAGUCGGGCUAUGUGGAUUUUAUAUGAAUUUGAAAGAGCAUGAUGGAUUAAGUAACAGAAUAAAAGUUUAUUUUAAGAGAACGAAGCUUCUAGAGCUGGAGUGAUUACAUUGGAGUGUAGCUCACAAAGGAACUUUUUUUGCCCCCCCUGUUGAAAUUUCGACAAAACUUGGCUGGAGUGUGACUUGAGAUCUCCGAAUUCAACAACAAACAUUUUUUUGCAAUAGAUUUUCUUUUCGAUUCGUUAUAUCAAACUCAAACUACACAAAAAAAAGAGCAAAAGCAUUAUUUGAGCGGUUUGGAGCUUCAUAAUUCGGAAAUAAGAUUCAUAGAGAUUUUUUUUUCUCGUUCUGGAAUCAGGAGACCCGAAAGUACAUUUGAGCCAAGUUUCAUCUAAACUUGAUCCGUGGGCUGGAAGAUGUUCCCUGGUUAGUUGUACCUAUUAACACGGGAAGUGCGAAAAGUUGAGGUACUCGAUGAAACUUUGUGUACUUUCGAACACCCUGAAUCCAAAAAAGUUGAAAAAAGUGCGCCUUUUUAGUUCAAGCCGAGUUAUGGCGCCUUUUGGUACCCAAUUAGAUUCGAUCUUUGAAAUUGCUUCAUUUUCUGAGCUCUGUUUUUUGGAGAGCGAAUUUUUCGGCCUGACAGUCUUCUGAGUAGGGGGCGCAGAGAUGUCCCGUCCUUUCUAGUCGGCAAUAACGGACUAUAAAUUACAGGUUGACCCGCUCCUCGCAGGUCAUGUCGUUCAUGAUCCUCGGCUCCGUGAUCGGCUUCAUCCUCUACACGUACGUCUCCCACGUGAUUCUGAUGCGCAAGCUCCGGCGUCUGGACAAGACGUCGCACCUCCGAGAGCUGGUUCAUCGGUUGGUGGAUUUAUGCUUCUUUAAGAGGCGAAUUUGUAGAGUCCGUAUUUCAUAUCUACUGAGAAAAUUUUUAGUGGCCACUAUGGAGGCUCGCCAAGGAGUACUUGGAGAGGACACUAAAGUGGCCACUAAACCCGCCUCUAUAGUGGCCACUAUUCCCCGUUUUAGUGGCCACUAGAGAGGUUCUCUCUUUAAGAGCCACUUUAGUAGCUUUUCAUCCAGUAUUCCUUCCAGUAACCCUGAUAAUUUUAAAACAGACAGAUUGGACCAGUUAUGUUGAUCCAUUGACCCCUAUAGUGAACACUAGAACUUUUAGUGGUCUAGUAGUAGCACUUAGACCUUUAUAGUGACCACUAAUUUUCAACCCCUUCAGUGGCCACUAAUUUGACUACUAUAGUGGCCACUAAAACGUCGAAACCCUAUAGGGGCCACUCAUAAUUUUCUCAGUAGUGAGACAAUCUGAAAUUCUGUACAAAAAGAAACUUUGAAGAUCGGCCCUGAUCAUGGCUGGCUCGGCGCAGCAAAACGACUAUGACUUCACAGAACGACGUCGAUCGCUGAUCAAUAUGUUCCGGGCUUUCAAAUUGUAA